AUGUUUGGGGAAUUUAAAAAAUUGUUGGGGUUUAAAAAAAAUACAAUUUCUGUUGUGGAUAAUCCAGAAAAAAAAGAAAAUGACACCAGCUAUAACUUAAAGGGAAAUGAAAUCAAUAAUAAAAGCUCAGUUCAUUAUGGAUGUAAUGGAUGUACUGGCGAAAUUAUAGGUGAUGUUAAUGAACGUUAUUGUUGCACUGAGUGUUCAGAUUUUGAUAUUUGCAAAGACUGUUAUAACAAAGAGAUAAUCAUCAACUAUGCCAUCUACGAAUCUGACAAAUUAUCAACUUAUACUGAAGAAGAAAUUAAAGAAAAGGAAAGAAAGAAACAAGAGGCCUUAGUAAACUAUGAACCAGUCAAACAUCAUGAUGAUGCACCACCUCAUUUACAUCGUUUAACUUUAGAAAUGAAAACACAAUUUCAAUUAGUUUAUGAACUUCGUGGUAAAACUUUAUUUGAAACUAUGAGAAACAGUUUUCAACAAUUUUCAGAUAGAUCAUGUUUAGGUUAUAGGGAUAAAGUCCAAGUAUCUGAAAAGUAUCCAUUAGGUUUAUCAGACUACAAAUGGAAAACAUACAAACAAGUUUAUGAAUCAUCUCUACAAGUUGCAAACUCCAUCUCUCACUAUUUAGAACCAAAUGACUUUAUUUCAAUUUAUAUGGACAACUGUCUAGAAUGGUAUGUCUCUGAUUUUGCCUCCCUAUGGUGUAAUUUAGUUGUAGUUCCAAUCCAUCAUCAAUCAAAUAAUUUAAAUUUAUUAGAAAUUUUAUCAAACUCUGAUACAAAAUGUAUUUCAUUAUCAAAAGAUUCAUUUAAGAAUUUUAUAGAGCUAUUCGAACAAGUUGAUGAAAAAACUUUAAAGGAAAAACCAUUAUCUGUUAAAUUAAUUAUCCACAAAGAGGAUGAAUUUGAUAAAGAGUUAGUUGCAAAAUUACCAGAAGGAAUUGUCUUUAAAACCUGGAAUGAAGUGAUCCAAUUUGGUAAAGAAAACCCAUCAAAAUGGGAGCUUAAACCACCAACAGAUAUAGAAAAUCAAUUAGCAAGUGUCACAUAUACUAGUGGCAGCACAGGUUUACCAAAAGGUGUAAUGAAAACUGACAAGACAUGGAAUUUAUUAGUAUGCGAUUCAUUUAUUUACUAUCCAAAUGUAAUUCUUAGCUACAAUACAUUAUCUCACUCACAACGUUUAAGUGACUGGAGAUAUCUUUAUCAAGGCAGCAGGGUUGGUAUUUAUUCAGGCUCAAUGGAUACUCUAUUUGAUGAUAUUUCUCAAAUUCGUCCACAUUCAUUUUGGGCUGUACCAAGAUUUUGGAAUUUAUUGUACUCUCAAUAUAAAAAUGAUUUAAAAGAGUACACCAAACUUAAUCCAAACGAACCAUUACCGUUAGCUAAGCUCCAUUGCCAAAAACAAAUCAAAGCAUUAUUGGGUAAUAGAAUUAAAACUUUAGUUACAGGUGGUGCUCCAACAUCAAAAGAGGUUCUCACUUUCUUAAAUAGUGUCUGGAAAGAUAUUAAUAUUUCAAACUCUUAUGGCCUAACUGAAAUUUCUGGUGUUUGUGUAGAUGGAUUUAUUUCAGAUGACAUCGAAUUUAGAAUUGACCCAGUUCCAAGCUUCAACUACUAUCCAACUGAUAAACCACAUCCAAGAGGUGAAUUGGUCGUUAAGGGACCAUAUAUGAGUAGUGGCUACUACAAGAAUCAAGACCUUACAUCACAAUCAUUCAGUGGUGGUUGGUUUAAGACCGGUGAUAUCGUCGAACUUGUUGGCUCUAGAAAAGUAAACAUCAUCGAUAGAAUUAAGCAUGCCUUCAAAUUAGCAAAUGGUGAGUUUGUUACUCCAGAACCAUUAGAAAAUCAAUUCCAAGGCUCAGUUUUAAUUGAUCAAAUGUUUAUUCACGGAAAUUCAUUAAAAACAUUUUUGGUUGCUGUGGUUAAACCAUCCAUAUUUUGUUUAAAACAAUUAAAUUUAAUCGACAAGGAACUUGAUGACCAACAAGCUGAACAAGAAAUUAUCACCAAUAUUGACCAAUUAAUUUCAUCAACUGUUUUAAAAUCAAAAAUUUACGAAGAAAUUAAUAAAAUCUCACAAGAAAAGAAAUUAGCAAAUUAUGAAAUCCCCAAAAUUAUAUCACUCGAUUUCACAAAAUGGACCAUUGACAAUGAAUUGAUCACAGGUUCUGGUAAAUUUAGUAGAGCAAAUCUCUAUAAACACUAUAAAGAAACUAUAGAAAAAAUGUUUGAUACAAUCGAUGUAAUUCAAGAUAGUUUAAGAAAUAACAACUCAUCCAAUAUUGAAAACACUGGUAGUGAUCCAACAUUAAUCGCAGACUAUUUAAAAUCAGUUUUAAAUAUUACCGAUGGAGAUGCUGAUUUAUCUCAAUUAUCAUUCACUCAAAUCGGUGGUGAUUCAUUAGGUGCUGUUAAAUUAUCAACAAUAUUAAGAGAAAAAGAAGGUCUUGAUAUUUCUCCACAAUUAAUUUUAAAUCAAAAUUUCAAUCUAUCAAAUCUAACAAAAAUUAUAGGUCAAAAACAAGAUAACAAUGAAUCAUCCAGUAGUAGAGGCGAAAAUGAUAUUAUUAACAAAUUUAAGGUCAACUGGGACGAUGAAAUGAAGUUAGAUAGCGAUAUAAUUAAUAAAAUAUCAAUGUUAAAAUCAAAGAAUGGCUCAUUAGAAUAUAUUAAAUCAAAUUCAAAUGUAUUACUAACUGGUGUAACUGGUUUCUUGGGUAUUUUCAGUCUUUAUGAAUUAAUCAAUUGCAACAAUAUUAAAAAUAUUUACUGUAUAAUGAGAAAUAUUAAAUUUAGGGAAGAUGGUAUUCAAAAACUUAUAGGUAUAUUAGAAAACUCAUCAAUUCAGGUAAAGAAUAUUAGAGAAAAGGUCAUUCCAGUUUCAGGAGAUUUAUCAAUGGAAAAUUUUGGUGUUUCAGAUACAGACUAUGAAUUACUAUCAAAAACAGUCGAUAUUGUAAUCCACAAUGGUGCCGUAGUCAACAUGGCUUUACCAUAUGCAAAUAUGAAAGCCACAAAUGUUCAAUCAACUCGUGAUAUCAUUAGAUUCUGUUUAUCAAAUACAACAACAGCCAAGCCACAAAACGAAAAAGACAUCAAUAACACCAAUACAAAUAAGAACAAUAGCAGAAAUGGUUUAGUUAAAAGAUUGGUAUAUAUUUCAACAGUAGGUGUAUUGUUUGGUACAACUAACAAUGGUAAUUUAAUUGACGAAUCUAUUACACCAUCGACCGAAUACCUCGAUCAAGGCACAGGCUACAACCAAUCAAAAUUAAUCGCUGAUAUCUUGGUUAGAGAAGCUGCCUCAUUAGGUUUACCAGCUAUGAUUUUUAGACCAGGUACUAUCUUUGCUCAUUCCAUGACUGGCUUUGAAAACCAAAUCGACUUUAUUGGUUUAACAAUUAAAGGUAUUUUAGGCUCCAAAACAUACCCAAUCAAUUACGAUGGUGGUAACUUAAAUUUAUCACCUGUAGACUGGGUAUCGUCUUCAAUUAUCUCGUUGGUUAACAAUGAAAUAACCUGGGCCUCAUUCAACAACGCUGCAGAAAUCUACCACAUGGUAAACAAAAACAUAUUACCACUCGAAAAACUUUGCAAAUAUUUAAAUGAAAAUAUUAAAAUCGAAAAAAAACAAUUCGAUGAAUGGAAAUCAAUUCAAUUUAGCUCACCAUCAAACCCAUUAUAUCCAAUUUCAAAUCUCUUUUCAAACUCAAAUAGAUUCCCAAGUGGCAAUAAAAUAAUAAAUACAAAAACAAUUAAAGUUUUAGAAUCAAUUAACAAAUCCCAAUGCCCCGAAAUAACUUCAAAAAUGGUUAAAAACUAUGUUAACUAUUUAAAUUUAAAAAAAAUGAUAAAAGAAUUUAAAUAA